CUUGUGUUCAUAUGUUUUAUCAACUCCGUAGACAGAGUCUUCUGACCGCAUAUUAAAACAGAUAACAAAAUGAAUCGUUGCUCGUAAAUUUUUCCCACAUUGUAAUUAUUUAUAUUUUGAUAAACCAUAACUGCAAAAGUCAUAUAAAAACAAAAAUCAUUCCAAUUAAAGUGCAGUCAUUUUUUUUUUGUUGGAAAAAAUGAAACCAAUUUUACUUGUUCACGGUGGUGCAGGCGAUAUAUCAGACGAUCGAGUGCCUGGAAAAUUGAAUGGCAUCAAAAAGUCUCUUCGUGAUGGAGUUCAACUCCUGGUAAAUGGUGGUUCUUCAUUGGAUGCAGUUGAAGAAGCUGUUCGCAGUAUGGAACUUGAUGACAGUUUCAAUUGUGGCUACGGAUCAGUCCUCAAUAUCAAUGGAAUAGUCGAAAUGGAUGCUAGCAUUAUGGAAGGAAAAAAUCUAAAUGCUGGAUGUGUAACUUUGCUGCAAAAUAUGGCUCAUCCAAUUUGCGUAGCACGCAAAGUGAUGGAGAAAACCAAUCACAAUUUUAUUGGAGGCGAGGGUGCUUUGAAAUUCGCUCAUUCUCAAAAUUUUGAAGUACUUACACAGGGUGCUUUAGUAACUGAAAAUGCAAAGAUAGCAUUGGAAGAAUUUAAAGAGCGCCAGAACAAAGGACUCGAUACAUUAUUCUCUAGCACUGAAUUGAAUAAAAAGCAGAAAAGAGAUUUGGGAGAGACUGUUGGUGCGGUUGCCAUUGAUGGAAAUGGUAAUAUUGCAGUAGCAACGUCGACUGGUGGAAUUACUGGAAAACUAUCUGGACGUAUUGGAGAUACUCCAAUUUUGGGUUGUGGCACUUAUGCUGAUAAUAAAAUUGGUGGUGUUUCAACAACUGGUCAUGGAGAGACUAUUAUGCGUUUCAAUCUUGCUCAACGAAUUUUACAGAAUAUAAACCAUAAGCAUGUUUCUGCACAACAAGCAACAGAAGAUGUCUGUAAGGAAAUGACUCAGAGACUGAUUGGUACUGGUGGAGCUAUAACAAUUGACAAGGAAGGAAAUAUUGGAAUUUAUUUUACAUCCAAAAGAAUGGCCUGGGGAUAUAUAAAAGAUAAUCAAUUGGUUUACGGAAUCAAUAAGGGAGAGACUUUUACAGAAAAUUUGUAAAUUUAGUGGAGCGUUGUAAGAUUUAUAUCUCGCAAUCUAGUGCCAGUCAAUGAACCUUUAUAUAAUUUUUGGAGAAUAGUUUUUAAUAAUAUACACUUAAAUGCAAAAAAACGGAAUCAAAAAAGAUAAUUUUUAUUUAAAACAAAAAUUGCAAUGGAUAAAAUAAUGUUUCUUCAAGUUUUAUGGUCUCAUUUAAAAGCUUGAAUUUUUUACUUUUAAUUGUUGGUAAAAACUUCAAAAUGCAUACGAUAGUAUCAUAGCUAUCUGUCAAUAAAUUGCACUUCAUUUUUUUCUAAAUGUUAAAUUUUCUUGAUAUUCUCUGCUUCAAUUUCAGUUUUUUUUUUUC